AUGCCGCACCCAAUAAGGAGCAGGACCCUAGUGCAAAGCCCUACAACUGCCCCGGAUGACUUGUACCCGCCGCCGGGACCUCCCCCUCGAAGUCGCACUCUCACUAUUCUCUCCGGGGUGAACACUGUCGUGGACCCCAUGUUUUCGAAUCCGUCACUGCAAACAGCGCUCAGUAUCCUCGAUCAGCUCGCAGAUCUUGGGAGGACAUUACCUUUCGUCGCGCCGGCUUUUAUCCUCCUCAAAAUCAUCGUGGAAGUCGAGAACAAUGCUCGAGAUGUAGACUUGAAGUGCACAGAUCUCUUGGAUCGCAUCAAUUUCAUGCUGGGGCAUCUGCCUCAGCUCCAGACGGUUACCGUGACGGAGGCAACACGGCAAGUAAUCGAUCGCAUGAACGGUGUGCUGAAGCAGGCUGCAGCGCUGAUUGAGACGUACCGAAGCCAAGGACGGGUCUCGAGAAGGUUGGCCCUUGGAAAUAAGGAAAAGUUCUCGAUAUGCGCGCAGAACAUCAAUACGUGUAUAAACGACCUUAUGAUCAGUCUUCAGAUUCACCAGACGACUCAGCUUGAUGCUAUUGUCAACCGCGCGAUCCCCUCCGACCCGGAGGACGACGCGGCACAGAAGUUCAUCGCGAGUCACGGAGGAGUCAAUGUUGUCAAGGAGUCCAGAGAGCUAGUCAAGCAAUUCGCAGACACACUGGAGCAAGGCGUAGACGACCAAACUAUGGAACAGCUGAAUAUGAACCUCUCUGAUACAAUUCACGACAACCAGGUCGAACUGGAGAAGAAGAUUAACGCUACCGUAAGCGAGGCCAUUCUCGAUGGUUUGAAGGAUAUAGCUGCCCAGAUGAGGGAGACGGACAAGGAACAGAAGUUCGUCUGCGUGCAAUGCAAUGAAGAGUAUAGGGACUCAGCAAAUGGACCUGCAUCGUGCUCUUUCCAUCGAGCAGACCCGUGGAAUAGAAACUAUCCUUGCUGCGGUUCCCAACACCCCUGCACAUUCAAGUCUCAUCGCGCCAAUCAUCAUUGCGAGUACGCCUACAAUAAUUUCUUUAAACGGGCUUGGGGGAUCAUCAAUUAUACGGACACUUGCGACAAGUUCGCUCAAGUGGAGGAUACCAACCUAGAAACCAAUAAGGAGCAGAAGGCAUACGUUGGACAACUCUUGCGCUGGGUAUCCCGAGGGGAGAGAGUCCAGGAUCCCACCCUCCUCAUUCGCAUUGGAAGCAUCAGCUGGAAAGAAAAAUAUUACUUCCAUACCUUCACCGCGAAGGAACUCCUCGCUUUGUCGGAGGUUAUCAACAUUACGCAUCAAUGCACGAUCUUCCGGACCUCGUCUAGUGAGAGGGAAUAUGCGAUGGCAGAAUGGCUUCUCUCUCGGGACGGUGUCAUCAACGCGGUUCGUCUCACGGCGAAGGCUGAGACUUCGGACCUGCCAUUUGUAUCCGUUUGCCCCAUCGAUAUCAACACUUGCACGAAGUCUGGCGAGAUUGUCGUAUUGUCGGAGGGCGGUCUACGCAGUUAUACGCCGAGGGGUGAAUAUAGGAUUCCACCGACCGUGCGUGUCAGCGCUACUUUGGCUGAGAAACCUCUCCGGGUUCCACGUACCUUCAAGACAGUGACCUCGCCAUCGUUACCCGUUGUCCUCAAAGUCACCUCUGGCCCUCCUCUCACAGCCAACGCGGACUAUGCUCGCAACGACAUCGACUAUUUUGAAGGGAUCGUUUCGAUCGUCAAUAAAUCACCUGUCAAUGGCGGCGAGCCAAUUACUCUGGAGUCAAUCUCGGCGGCUUUUCGACUUGUAGGGGACGAGACAUACACACCCGUUACUAGCAUCAAGAUCAUAAACGAGAUGUUCCCUCUUACGGUGGAUCCCAGACAGUCCCUUCCCGUUAGGUUCCUCGUAGAAGUACCGCGACCAGAAGAAGACGAGAAAAUGGACAUUCGAUGGUGGAACCGGGCAUAUAUAGCCAGGGGGAGACCACUGAGAUUGAAGUUGACUGUUGCCGACCUUGAAGGAGAGGAAGCAAGCAUCGUCUGCGAAUAUGUCUUUACCCCAUAUUCUCUCGAUAAACCCAAGCCCGAGUCGGAGGAGAUUGCCUUCUUCCACUUCGACGACGCCGACCGAUGCAACCGCGCAUAUAUCCGUGUCUCGCCUUCCACUAGAGAAGACACUCUCCUGGAGAUCGAUGGUAACGAAGUGACCACAACCAAGUUGCAGCAAAUCGUCUGGAGUGCUCUGAAAAGUGGGGAAAGUGAAAUCGAGCUUGGUAUGGGGUGCGAGAGGGCGGGAGGGGACUGGGAAUGGAAGGCAUGGGCGCUGGUCGAUAUCAAUUGCCGACGAGUCUAUGCGCUCAAAGUCCUUCUCAACCAAGGCACUAACGUUAGCGACAAGAAAUAUGCAUGCCUGGGAUAUGUUCCUUGUCCCCCGUAUGGAGGUGUUUUGCGAAAUACGCGGCAGAUACGACAUGCUGCAGAGAAGGUGUUGAUUCCUUCAUUGCCACCCAUUCCAGACACGAACUACCCUACGGAUGAUAAAUUGGACGACUAUGUUCCACCCCCAGCAGUUGCCCCUGCGCAGGCAUCGGGGGCUGGUGCAGGGGCUUCAACAGUGCUCCCUGCGGAUGUCUCUGCUCGACUCUCGUCGAUCGAUACUAACCUUUCACGAAUUGCGGUCUCGCUAGAGAAACUCGUAGAAAUACUGACUGUAACACGAGGUGUCAAUGGGCAAGGAAAAUGA